GUGGGAUUCAGCCAGGUUCAGCCCUUCCUAACCACUCUCUUCCCACGUUUGCCCAGGAAUACGAUGGUGAGCGCAAUGCCGAAGGGGAGCGACACGGAUACGGCAAAGCACUACUGCCCAACGGUGCUAAGUACGAAGGAGACUACCAACAUGGUCUGAGAAGUGGACGUGGGACCUACAGGUUUGAAAAUGGUGCUAUCUACACUGGAGAGUAUCUUCAAAACAAAAAACAUGGCAAGGGUAUCUUUUAUUAUCCAGAUGGAUCAAAAUAUGCAGGAGACUGGGUGGAUGACCAGAGACAUGGCUAUGGAGAAUAUACAUUUGCAAAUGGAGACAUCUAUUCUGGAGAAUGGCUUAACCACAACAGGCUUGGGCAAGGUGCAUACAUCUACAAAGACACAGGAUCCAAGUAUGUUGGUCAUUGGGUAAAUGGAGUCCAGGAAGGAGAAGGUGAACUUAUCCACCUAAACCACAGAUUUAAGGGCAAGUUUUUCGAUGGAAAUCCUGUAGGUCAUGGCAAAUACAUCUUUGAUAUUGGAUGUGAACAGCAUGGUGAAUACAUACAGCCAGGGCAGGUAAAAGAAAGA